AUGGCAUCCAACUUCAGCAGCCCAUCUAAGCAGCAGCCGCUCUCCGACCGUCCAACAAACACUCACCUCCCAUUAUCACACUCUGGAGUCGAGGACGGCGGAGCAGACUUGAAAGACGCAACAACAAAAUCCAUGGAAUACCAUAGACAAGUACUGAAAGAGAAGAUAGAUGGCGACUCACAGCAAUCGGGUCAUUACAUCUCCCCGUCAGAUGGAAUCAUGAGUCCCUGCACCAAGAAGUUGAGCAAUUUGAAAGGCAAGAUGUUUAAGAAUGCUGGAAAGCCACAAAUGCUCUUCGCGAAGGCUCUUGGGAAGAAGUCCUAUGACAAGAUGAGCAAUGAGAACACCGUUGACGAUGGAGACGAGCCAGUCUAA